AUGAUCCCAACUCGCGCGUGGUGGAAGGAGGCGGUCGUGUAUCAAAUCUACCCCAUCUCCUUUGCAGAUUCUAACGGAGAUGGCCUCGGGGACCUCAACGGAAUCUACUCCAAGCUCGACUAUCUCAAGGACGUUGGUGUAGAUGUAGUGUGGCUAUCCCCCAUCUACCCUUCUCCGCUCGCUGAUAUGGGCUAUGAUAUCUCAGACUAUCGCGACAUCGACAAGAGAUAUGGGACCUUGGAUGACUGGGACAAGUUGGUCAAAGGAUUACAUGAUCGAGAGAUGAAACUUGUGAUGGACCUUGUAGUAAACCACUCAUCAGAUGAGCAUGAAUGGUUCAUCGAGUCGCGGUCAAGCAAGAUAAACCCCAAGAGGGAUUGGUAUGUAUGGCGUCCCCCAAAAUACGACGAGGAGGGGAAUCGUCAUCCUCCGAAUAACUGGAAGUCGAUCUUUCAGGGUCCCGCGUGGGAUUAUGACGAGGCGACAGGAGAAUACUACUUGCACCUUUAUGUCUCAAAGCAGCCAGAUUUGAAUUGGGAGAACGAAGAUGUUAGACACGCCGCCUGGGACGUGAUGCGCUUUUGGCUUGAACGAGGCUGUGACGGAUUCAGAAUGGAUGUAAUCAACAAGAUCUCAAAGGUUAAGGGUCUUCCUGAUGCCCCGAUCACCAUUCCGGAUGAAGAAUAUCAACCCGCCGGGAUGUACUAUCUGAACGGUCCCCGGGUGCACGAAUUUAUCAAAGAGUUGAACUCGAAUGUUCUAUCACACUACGAUGUUAUAACCGUCGGGGAGACACCGUCCACAUAUUUGGCAGAUGAAGUCGCCAAAUACGUUCUCCCACAAAACAAAGAAUUGAACAUGGUCUUCCAAUUUGAGCUCAUGGACAUUGACGCUUUCGUCGAUCCUCGGAGUGGCGAUCACAUCCCGAUGAUACCCUGCGACUGGACGUUGUCGGACUUGAAAAAUAUUGUGACAAAAUGGCAGGUAUUCAAGAGAGAGGAAGGUUUUUGGAAUGCGGUAUUCAUUGAGAACCACGAUCAAGCGAGGUCUAUAUCCAGAUUCGCGGACGAUUCAGACGAAUGGCGAGCACGGUCGGCCAAGUUGUUGGCUAUGUUACAGAUUACGCAGGGCGGGACAUUAUACGUCUACCAAGGCGAGGAGAUCGGCAUGAGGAACUUCCCAGUUGAUUGGGGUCUAGAAGAAUACAAAGAUGUGGCAACGCAAAACUACUGGAACAAUGAUACUGUCGACAUGUCUGAUGUGAUCGAUGGGCUCCAGCGGAAAGCCCGAGAUCACGGCCGUACGCCAAUGCAGUGGAACGACACCACUCACGCCGGGUUCACAACUGGGACACCGUGGAUGCGAGUUAACGAUGACUACAAAGCGUGCAAUGCGGAAAGCCAGACCAGAGACGAAACCAGCGUGCUCUCCUUCUGGAAGCGCGCAAUCCAAGUACGAAAAGCCCGAGAUGUAUUGACCAAGAUUUAUGGAGACUUCGUGGAACUGGAUCAUCUCAACAAGGCAGUCUUUGCCUACACGAGGUCGCUAGGAAACUCAAGCGCGUUGGUCUUGCUCAAUUUCAGCAAGUCGGAGGUCGAGUAUCGGGUAGAAGGCAUAAUGACCGACGGGUUCAAGUGUGAAUUAUCCAACUAUGCGUCGGAAGACUCGACAGAAUACCUCGGUAGCGUUAUUCUCAAGGGCUUCGAAGGGAGAGUCUACUUUCGGGACAUGUAG